AUGACAACCGUUAAAUGUUACUGUCGAGCUGAAAUUUUUUCGGAUUUUCUCUACAAAACGGGUUUUUUGUGUAUCGCCAGAGAUUCAACAACUUUUAAUAAAAUUCACUCAAAGUGGGAGGCCAUGGCCCUCCUGACCCACUCAAAAUCCGCCACUGGAUUAAUUGCGGCGAUGAUGAAGAUUUUAAUGGCAUUGAUGAAAAAUGAUAAUAACGAUAAUGUUUGCAACGGUCUGAAGGUGAACGAGCUAUUCUAUCAAGGCAUGCCAAGCAUCGCGAAGAUAUUUCCUGAAGAACAAGAAAGGAGAGAUGCUGAAUGUAAAAAAAAUGAAACUGAAAGAGAAGAGAAACAUGCAGCUGAUCUAAACAAAAUAGAAGAAGAAACUCAAAAACUAAAAUCCGAACAAGAAAAAUUAAUAGGUAUAGAACUUCAACGAGAAGAAAGUAAUAAAAGAAAAGAACAAUUCGAAAACCAGUUUGCUACAUUGGAAGAAAAAAAGAACAGAACAGAACAGAAUCUAGCGGAAGUAGAAAAAGUAAAAAUGAAACUUGAACAACAACUUGAAGAGACAGAAAAAGAAAAAAACAAAACUGAACUUCUGCGAACGGAGGAAGACUGGGCGAGGAAACAAUUUGAGCAACAACUUGAACAACAACUAGAGAAGUUGAAAAAUGAGACAAACAAAACGGAACAAUCACGCAUUGUACAUGAAAAAGAAAAAAAAAUAUUGGAGCAACAAAUUAAAGAAUUGGACGAAAAUAAAACUAAAACUGAAUUAUUACUGUUACAAGAAGAAGAAGAAAAAAAGAAACUUGAAGGACAUUUUAAAGAAGUAGAAGAAAAUAAAAACAAAAUUGAACAAUUACAAAAGGAAGAAGAGGAGGCAAAAAAAAGACUCGAGAAACAACUCCUGGAAAUAGAAGAAGAGGUAAAGAAAAAUGAACAGCUACGAACGGUAGCUCAAGAAGAAAAACAGAAACUUGAGCAAAAACUUAAGGAAAUUGGUGAAGAAAAAACUAAAAAUCAGCUAUCACAAGCGGAACUGGAAGGAGAAAGAAAAAAAUUUGAACAACAGCUUAAAAAAAUAGAAGAAGAAAAAAACGAAACGGAACAAUUGUUAGCGGAAAAAGAAAAUGAAAGAAUAAAUCUUGAGCAGCGGCAUAAAGAGGUAGAAGAAGAAAGGGAUAAGAAUGAAAAAUUACGAGCGGAGCAGGAAGAAGAAAGAAAAAAAGUUGAGAAACAACUUCAGGACGUGGAGGAAGAGAAAAACAGGAUUGAAAAUAUACGGAAAGAGGAAGAAGAAAAAACGAAACAGUUUGCACGUGAACUGGAAGAAUUAGAAGAAAGAAGAAAGACGAUGGAAAGGGAAAAGGAAGAAGAAGAAAAAAAAAGAAAAGAAACCGAAGCAGGACUUGAAGAAGAAGAGAGGAGAAGAAAAAAACUUGAAGAAGAACUAACGGGAGAAAUUGAAAGGUAUAAAAAAGAGGAAGCUGAACGCAAGCGAAAAGAAGAGGAAAGGAUAAAAUUUGAAAAAAGCAGAAUAAAAAUAUCAAAAGUGAAGAGUACGAUGAAAGAGAAAUACAAACUUAGAAAAAUUGAUUCGGAUAUUUUUAUUAAACACAAUCAAAACAAAGAAAAAACAAACAUAGAAAUUUUUGACUUCGAUGAGAGUAAGGGUGGGGACGAAGAUGAGGAAUACGAUGAAACGAUUGAAGUUUACGAUUCAGUUGAUGACGUGGCCGGUAAAAAAAUAAAAUUGAGACUGAUGAAUAACAAAAUGAGACUAAUUAUAUUCGAAGAAAUAAAAACAUGGCUAAAUAAGGAGAGACAGAAACUGCAUGCUGAAAGUAUAAACCUAAAAAAUUAUAGAAAACGCAAAACGGAGAAAGAGAAAACCUUGGAAAUAUAUGAAAGAAGGGAAAAGAGAAAAUCGAAAAAAUAUUUAUACUACGUUCGAGGUUAA